AUGUUCGUGCUGUCGCUAUCAAAGACAAACCAACACUUGCACGAAAGUGUUUCUUGCUCUUCUUUUUGCUUGAAAAAUGCGGCAAGUCUAGUUCGCGAGUCACGUCGUGGCAGGGCGGCGCAGCGACGGCAGCUUCAGGAGACGCGCGCGCUCCCCGAACGAGCCGGCCACUGCACGAGACCUAGUGCAGCUAGCGCUUUGCAAAUGGGCUUGUUUGGGCUCGGAUGGCCGGAGAUAGCUGUUAUUGCGGGUGUUGGGCUGCUGAUUUGGGGGCCUUCACGAAUUGGCGAGCUUGGGCGGAACUUGGGAACGCUCGCAGGCAACCUGAAGCGGGCCUCCUCGGAGUUCAAAGAAGGCCUUGAGACGAGCCUAGCAGAUGCGGAGAAGGAGGAGAAACAAAAGGAAGAAAUGAAGCUCAAGAGCCUCAAGUCCGCCGAUCCGACAGCAGCUACAACGGACUCGAAGCGCUCCUAG